AAUCUUCUUAUGGUGAUCAUGUGAUUGUUCAAAAUGGCUAAAACCAUGUUACAAACAAAGUUUCUGAUUUUGUUUGUUUUCUAUGUCUCUGUGUCUGCUAGGAGUUCUGGCAAACCCAAUAUUGUGUUUCUACUGACAGACGACCAAGAUGUUAAACUUGGAGGACAGAUUCCAAUGGCUAAGACAAAGAACCUUGUUGGAGACAAAGGAAUUAUAUUUGAGAACAUGUAUGUGAGUGCACCCCUUUGCUGCCCAAGUCGAUCUAGCAUCUUGACAGGAAAAUAUGUACACAGUAAUGGCGCUGUAAACAAUUCUCUGGCGGGGAACUGCAGCAGUCCUCACUGGCAGCGAACACAGGAAGUUAAAGCCUUCCCGACCUACCUUAAACAGCAGGGCUACACCACCUUCUUUGCGGGAAAGUACCUUAAUCAGUAUGGGACACCAAAUGCAGGAGGGGUUCAGCAUGUCCCUCCCGGCUGGGACUGGUGGAUGGGUCUCGUUGGUAACUCUAAAUAUUACAAUUACCACUUGUCUGUUAAUGGAACACUAGAAGUUCAUAAGAGUGACCCACAAAAAGACUACCUUACUGACGUCAUUAACAGACACGCCGCGUCAUUCCUGGACGUACAGAGCUCUGACUCCCCUCCCUUCUUCAUGAUGUUGUCAACCCCCGCCUGUCACGGACCAUUUACACCCGCUCCUAAAUACCAAAAUAACUUUGCCAACCAAUCAGCUCCACGGGAUGGCAGCUAUAAUAAACACGGAUAUGACAAACAUUGGCUGAUCCGACAAGCUAUAACACCUCUACCGAAUGACACUGUAAAGACGGAGGAUAAUGUAUUCAGGAACAGAUGGCGUACAUUGCUCUCGGUUGACGAUAUGAUGGAAAAUGUUAUCAAUAUUCUACAACAAAAAAAUUUUCUGGACAAUACAUAUAUUAUUUUCUCAUCAGACAAUGGAUUUCAUUUAGGCCAGUUUUCAAUGCCUUCCGACAAACGUCAGCUGUACGAAUUUGACGUCCGUGUGCCGCUGAUGAUUCGGGGACCAGGUGUGUCCCCGGGGCAAAUGAUAAAAGAACAAGUGAUGAAUAUUGACCUAGCACCGACAUUCCUAGAUAUAGCUGGUGUGCCCUCUACGCCAAAACAAAUGGACGGGCUGUCUCUUACACCCUUCUUUUCCAGUAGUUCCAAUAAAACCUGGGCUCGGUCAACAAUACUGAUAGAACACCAGGGAGAAUAUCAUGAAAAUACAGCCGGUUGUCCACAGUUUAAACAUCAAAAUAUGUCGAAUUGUAAUAAUCAUUGUGUUUGUGAGGAUUCCUGGAAUAAUACCUAUUCCUGUGUAAUAAAACGAGAACCGUCUACGUCGCCCAGUCAACCAGGCCGUCGUGUCAAAUACUGCCUACUUAAAGAUGAGGAGAAUUUCCAAGAAAUGUACAACUUAGACACUGAUGAAGAUGAAUUUAAGAAUCUGGCUAUCAAUUUACCUGACGAUGAAAGGAAAAUAUAUUUAAAUAUAAUUGAACAAAUGGAGCAAUGUAGUGGAUCGUCCUGCCAUUUAUAACACGAGAGAGAGAGAGAGAGAGAGAGAGAGAGAGAUUUUGUGUGUUCAUCAAUGGUGCUAUAAUAGGACGAUUGAUUCAUUAAAGACUGUAUGCUACCUGAUUUCUUUUAUAUACAAUUUUAUAUACAAUUCAUCGUUUCCUAUUUUUCUGAUAAAAAAUAAGUAUUUA